AUGGCUGACAUCACCCCACCCAACCCAAUUGACGAGGAAUCGCCAGCGGUUACGCCACUGGAAAACCAGCCCCCAAAAGACAAACGUCGACAAAGACUGCUUCAAGGCAUUCAACGAAUAUCCUCUUCUCCCUCCUUAGUCCAAAUUGGUCGUUCUCGGUCUGCCAGCUCCCCUUACAGCACCCGGGGCAGUUUGUCAUGUGUGAGUCUCACAGCAACGCCCGCUUUUGGGCAGCAUGCCUCCAGCAGCAACUCGCCUGAGUCUUCGAAUACCAACUCUUCUCUCCCUGGUACCCCGAUUGUCGAAUUCCCCAAGUUCGAUGGCAUUGAAACCCGCAUUGCUCGCAAGGUUACAAAUGUCUCCACGACACACUUGAACCCGACUACCGCGUCCCUGCCAGCUGAGGUCGCAGCUACAAGGUCGAGAUCUGGCACGGCCCGAAAACUACCCUUCGACUUCUGGGCGAGAAUACCCUACGAAAUUCGAGUCCAUAUAUUGUCGUUCCUCCAGCCACGAGAGCUCAUUCGUAUCUCGCGCUUAAGUAAAGAGUUUCAUAAACUUUGCUUCGACGGUCAGCUGUGGACCCAUUUUGAUGCCACCGAAUUCUAUAUGGAAAUACCUGCGGAGGCUCUAGCUAAGAUCGUCAUCUCGGCAGGCCCCUUUAUGAAGGACCUCAAUAUCCGUGGUUGUCUACAAAUUGAGCAUUUUAAACGGGCUGAGGUCAUCGUCACUUCUUGCAAGAAUUUAAUCAACGCUACACUUGAGGGAUGCCGGAAUUUCCAACGAAGUUCUUUGCACAACCUCAUUAAAGCCAACGAGAAGCUUGCCAACCUCAACCUCACAAGUAUAACAGCCGUGACAAACAGUACAUGUAAAAUUAUUGCCCAACACUGCCCUCAGCUCGAAACACUCAAUGUAUCCUGGUGUAAACACAUGGAUGCUCGAGGAGUUAAGAUGGUGAUCCAAGGAUGUCCAAGGCUACGAGAUUUGAGAGCCGGGGAAGUGAAAGGAUUCCAAAAUUUGGCGGUGGCAGAAGCUAUCUUUGCUACGAACAGCCUAGAACGGCUCGUAUUGAGCGGAUGUGUGGACCUUGACGAAGAUGCCUUCAAGACCAUGAUCCACGGCAGCAGACCUGAGAUAGAUAUUCUCACGGACCGACCAAUAGUCCCGCCAAGGAAGCUUCGGCAUCUGGAUCUCAGUCGAUGUUCACAAUUGACAAGCGAAGCUGUGGCGGCAUUAGCUCACCUUGUCCCUGACCUUCAAGGUUUACAACUGAACGGUUGCACAGCCUUGACCGACUCAGCUCUUCAGCCAGUUCUUGCGACAACCCCACGUCUUACACAUUUGGAAUUGGAAGAGCUCUUGGAGUUGACUAAUGAUCUUCUCUCGGAGCAUCUGGCUAAAGCACCAUGUGCGCCAAAUCUCGAACACUUGUCCGUGAGUUACUGUGAGACCCUUGGCGACGUUGGCAUGUUGCCGGUCUUAAAGAAUUGCGUGAGCCUUAAGAGUGUUGAUAUGGACAACACACGAAUUGGUGACCUAGUGCUCAUAGAGGCUGCGGCUAUGGUCCGGUCUCGUGCAACUCGAACGCUGAAGCGUAGCUCACGUCCCUACGUUGGACUCAAGCUCGUGGUAUAUGAUUGCCAAAAUGUCACAUGGACCGGUAUUAGGAAGAUCAUGUCCUGGAAUGCGGAAAUCCGACCAUCUCGCGGUAGCGCACUAUCGUACCCCACCGAAAUCAUCAGUCUAAAGUGCUUCUAUGGAUGGCAACAGACGGUGGAGCAACAUACGCUACGUGUGCUGAGAGGCGACUUUGCUGCUGCUUCAAGAUUAGAGAGCAAGUGGGCAGAUUAUAUGCAAGCUGUCCAGGAAGCAGGCGCUGCUGGUGCUGGCUCUCGGCGGCGGCGAAGACGCGCCCGCGAAGCUCAAAUAUUGCACGCAGACGAGGAGGGAGGAGCUGUUGCUGCUGGCCGUCGGCGUGCGCGGACUGUAGCAUCAGCCUGCGUUGUGAUGUGA